GAUCGGAGAUGGGAGGUUUUACCCGAAUUUUGCAUUCAGGAAAUCCUGACAACUUGAUGGAUGAGAUCCCAACUAUGGUCGUUGAUCCUCUUCCUGCAGGUCUUGAUCGGGGAUAUAUUGUCUUAAACAGACCAUGGGCUUUUGAUCAAUGGCUGUUUGAGUACAUUCAAGGGAAGAACAAGUACGGAGAGAAAAUAGAGAUGACUGCCCCAGUGCUCAGUGAAGUUUCACCAAGCGAUGGACCCUUUUGUGAAUCUUCAUUUGUGGUGAGCUUCUAUGUGCCAAAGAAGAACCAAGAAAACCCACCACCAGCAGAAGGCCUCCAUCUCCAAAAAUGGAAAACCACAUAUGUUGCAGUGAGACAAUUCAGUGGGUUUGUAUCAGACGACAGCGUUGGAGAAGAAGCUGCUGCCUUGAAGGCCAGUCUUGCAGGUACUGUUUGGUCUGCCGCCAUCGAGAAAAGCCAUGCAGCUGAUCAUACUUCAGUUUAUACUGUUAAUUUGAGGGAGCACAAUGAAGAGCAGGUCAUGCUGCUCUGUUAA